AUGCGCCAUCGUCUUAUGGUCGGCACCUGGACGCCUCCAGGGCGAAUCUACACAGUCGAGUUCGACGAUGAGGCUCUAACGCUCACGUUGGUCAAGAAGACCGCAAUCCCAGAAGACGAACCCAUCUCGUGGUUGACGUUCGACCACGCCAAGAAAAAUAUAUACGGCGCUGCGAUGAAGAAAUGGUCCAGCUUCGCAGUUCAAAGUGCCACUGAUAUCAUCCACACUACAUCUCAACCUCUAGGAGGUCAUCCAUCCGCAUCCCGAGCAGACACAAACACCAGAGCUAUCUUCGUCCUGGCGGCGAAGAAACCACCAUACAAUGUUUACGGAAACCCCUUCUACGAUUAUGCCGGUUACGGCAACGUGUUCUCCGUCGACGCCAACGGGGCCAUUGAGCGUAACAUCCAGAACUAUGAAUAUGCGCCCAACUCCGGCGUCCACGGGAUGGUCUUCGAUCCCACCGAAACCUACCUCUACUCGGCGGAUCUCCGCGCAAACAAGAUCUGGACGCACAAGAAGGAAGAAGAUGGUCGUCUGACUCUCGUCGAUUGUAUCGAUGCUCCCUCACCUGACGAUCACCCGCGGUGGGUGGCUAUGCACCCCAGUGGAGCGUAUCUUUAUGUCUUGAUGGAGGCUGGAAAUCGUCUCGGCGUCUACGUGAUUGAUGAACAUAGACAUGUUCCUGUCUUCACGCGUCUCACAUAUCCCCUGAUUCCUCCAGGACUACCUCCACGAAACAAAUACCGCGCCGAUGUCGUCUUCACAUCUCACAGUGGAAAGUAUCUCUUCGCCACCACCCGUGGCAACUCAUUCGACAUCACAGGUUACAUCAGUGCAUUCAAGCUAGGACCAGCCGGCAACAUUGAGCGCCAACUCUUCAUCAACCCAACUCCCAACAGCGGAGGGCACUCGAACGCCGUCAGCCCCUGUGACUGGAGCGAUGAAUGGUUAGCCCUGACUGAUGACCAGGAUGGAUUUGUUGAGAUUUACCGCUUCCGCGACGAACAUCUCGCACGUGUUGCGCGCGUGGAUAUCCCUGAAAAGGGAUUCGGUAUGAAUGCGAUCUGGUACGAUUGA